CAGGGCGGGGGUGGGAGCCUGGCAUAUAAAGCCCCUGGGGCCCCGGGGCCUGCAGGGGCGGGUUGCGCACGGUGCCAUGGCGGGCUCCGAGGAGGUGCAGAGGGCCACGGCACUCAUCGAGGAGCGGCUGGCACAGGAGGAGGAGAAUGAGAAACUCCGAGGAACCACCACCCAUCAGAAGUUGCCCAUGGAGAUGCUGGUGUUGGAGGAUGAGAAGCACCACAGGCCUCAGAGUCCAUCCUUACAAAAGGUUAAGGGUCAAGAGCGCGUGCGUAAAACAUCCCUAGACCUGCGGAGGGAGAUCAUCGACGUGGGUGGGAUCCAGAACCUCAUCCAGCUGCGGAAAAAGCGCAAGCAGAAGAAGCGGGAAGCCCUGGCAGCCCCCCAGGAGCCGCCUCCUGAGCCGGAGGAGAUCACCGGCCCCGUGGACGCGGAGACAUUCCUGAAAGCGGCGGUGGAGGGGCAAAUGAAGGUCAUUGAGAAGUUCCUGGCGGACGGGGGUUCCCCCGACACCUGCGAUCAGUUCCACCGGACAGCACUGCACCGAGCUUCCCUGGAGGGCCACAUGGAGAUCCUGGAGAAGCUUCUAGAGAGUGGGGUCACUGUGGACUUCCAGGAUCGGCUGGACUGCACGGCCAUGCAUUGGGCCUGCCGUGGGGGCCACUUGGAGGUGGUGAAGCUUCUGCAAAGUCGGGGAGCAGACACCAACGUGAGGGAUAAGCUGCUGAGCACCCCCCUGCAUGUGGCAGUCCGGACGGGGCACGUGGAGAUCGUGGAACACUUUCUAUCCCUGGGCCUGGACAUCAAUGCCAAAGACAGAGAAGGGGACAGCGCCCUGCAUGACGCCGUGAGGCUCAAUCGCUACAAAAUCAUCAAACUGCUGCUCCUGCACGGGGCUGACAUGAUGAGCAAGAACCUGGAAGGAAAGACCCCCACGGACCUGGUGCAGCUGUGGCAGGCUGACACCCGGCACGCUCUGGAGCACCCGGAGCCGGGGUCAGAGCAGAACGGGCUGGAGGGGUCUGCUGAGGGUGGGCGGGAGACCCCGAAGCCUGUGCCAGCCCAGUAAACGACUGUCCCAGCCCAGCCAGGCACCUGGCCUGUCCCCUGCGUACAGCCGGAGGGUCAUAAGAAUGGCCCCCAGAGCUGAGGACCGCAGCAUACCUCUGUACGCCCCGGGAGCCCCCACAAGCUACCGCAAUUAAAACAAAAAGUCAUUUUU